AUGGCUGCCUCUUCUAGAAUGUUGUUCAAAGACGUCGUGGCUGCUCUUGACCCACUCACCAUUGAGAAGACUGAAAAACUUGUGGUUCUUUUCGGAGUUGAACUCAAAACUGUUCAGGACAUUGAAUAUCAGCGCAAAGGCAGCAAUUGUAAGCACCACUUCAUCCAGGCCUGGCUGGACCAAGACACCCAGGCCAGCUGGGGGAAGUUAGUCUCUGGCCUCCAACACAUCAAGAUGGACAGUCUUGCAGAGCAAGUGGCCUCCCAGCGUUGUCUCCCGUCACCAGCAGCUGCCAGUCCUUCCACGGUUGAUCACCAGCCUGUCACAGUCCGGUCUGUGGCCACACCAGCUCCUGCUGCCCCCUCUCCUCCUCCUCCUCCUCCUCAUCCUCUUCCUUCAACUGAUCCUAACCAGCCCACCUCCCCACCUCCUAGUGAUCGCUGCCAGCCUGUGGCUCCUCCAGCCACUGCAUCAGCCACUGGUUCUGACGAGUUUCCUGUCCCAUCGUCCUCCACCACAUCCUCUUCACCUCCCGUCCCUCCUCCACCCUCCCUCCACAACCCUUCCACCCACUCCUUCUUGAGUCCGGAGAAGGUCAAGGCCACCAUUCAGGAGCUGGAGGCAAAGUUCCUUGACCUCAAUACUGACGCCGAGGAAGAAAUUUGUGAAAAAGAGGCUCAAGACCAGAAAUUUCUCAGAAAGUUUCGCAAAUACCUUCAACUUCUGCCAGCCGCCAAGAAGGCACCUCAUGUCAAGUUCUUCCGUGAAUGUGAGAAGGAAAUUCUCAGUGCCAAAGAUUCUCUGGAAAUUCUCGCCAUUAUCUGUCGCUACAUCGAUUACCGCAACUACGAGAUUCUACGCGACAUAGUCCUCAAGUUCUGUGGCCCUCCACUGCAGACCAGCAUGCAGGACUACUGCAAGAUGUUGGAGGUGUUUGAAACCUCUACAACUGUCGACGUGUACAUCAGCACUGUUCCAGAUGAGGUGACAGAAGACCAGAAGAAAGCAUUCUCUGAAAUGGUCGUGAAGAUUGACAAGCCUGCGUCGCAGUGUACACUGCAUGAUGUUCGAAAGCUCAACGAAGCAAUCAUUGCAAAUUCAGGUCUCUGUCCUCACAGUGUGUACAUCAGUGGAGUGGCCAACAAGUGUGUGGAGGUGGUGGUGAGGUUUCCUCCCAGUGUGGUGGGCUGGGUGCUAGCAGCUCUGACCCCCCACUUCAUGACCACCCACCAUCUAUCAGAGGUGACUGUGGAUGGCAGCCAACUCACCCUCCUACAGGACCACAGACACCUGAAUGAUGAGCUGAUCAGAGCUAGUAGCAAGGAGAUCUGAUGAUGGUUGCAUCUCUACUCAACAGUGGAGCUGAUAUCCAGACUGUCAAUAAGGUCUUAGAGACUCCUCUGGACCGGGCCAGCUGGUUUGGUCACCUCCAGGUAGUUCGUCUGCUGACUGGCAGAGGGUCAGAGGUGGAGUGUAGGGACAAG